AUGCAAAUUAAUUGUUUGUUUUGUGAAAAGCAAAGAACGGAUGGCAAAAUCAAUUUCCCAUUUCUUCUUAAAACUGCUCUAUAUUUGAAGUAUAAUUAGAAUGAUGACCAACCAAUCGAUGAUGUGAUAAAGCAUUCUCAUAAGAAAUGGGUGAUUGACUUUUUUGAGAAAGCCUAAGAAAUCAAAGAUGAAGCAUUUGUCAGAAGCUAUUAUUAAUCAAAUCAAAUAGGAUCUAAAUUGGUAGAUUUAACCGAAUAUUAUAAAUAUCGAUUGGAUACUCCUCAUUUUUUUAUGCUUCCCCUAUCUAAAGCCAUAAACUAAUACAAUAAAAUUCGAAAAGAAUACCAUUACACUCAAAUCAAGUAUCAAUUAGGAAUGCUAGUUCACACUAAGAAUAAUUAGAAUGAUCUACCUUUUGUAAAAAUGCUGAAGAUGGGUGAAACUAAAUAGGAAGAUUCAGUUUCUAAGUCUCUAAUAUCGUUGUUAAACAAAAUUAAGCCAACUCAAAUUAAAGCUAAAUAGAUUAAAUAAGCAAAAGUAUAUACACAACAAUCAAGUUUAUCAACUACUAAGUUAAAUUAUUAACCGCUGAUUAAAAAAAGUGAGUUAGUGAGUAGAAAAUUAAAGGCUAUCUUAAAUGAAAAUGGUCAUUCUCCAGUAAAAUAGAACAAUUAAUAUAAAAAAAUUUAAUCAAAAUCUCAAUCAAAUGUGCAUCUAAAUACUUAAAUUAGCAUGUAUAAUUAUAAAAAACUGAGUGUGCAAUAGAGUAUGCAAAUGCUUAUGCCUACAAAGAGUGUACAACAAAGCAAAUUAGGAUCAUAAGCUGAUAUAAUUUCGAGCAUUUAUUUAUCAAAAAAUAGCAUUAAUCUCAAAAGUCGAUAAUAAAAAAAGUUAAGAAAUAUGUUUUAGAAAUGA